UACAUGCACCAACUGUGAAGAAUGACUUCGUUUGUCGGUACAUUGUGUGUUUGUUGUGUUUUUUCUCGUUUGUACUUAGUAUGUUGCAUAGCCCGUGGCAGCCAUGGCCUCACAACUCACGCUUUCACUCCGGACGCGUUGAGGGAAACGUUUUGUGAGAGGACGCAGUGUAAGGUCGUGAGAUUUAGCAAGGAUGGAAGGAUGUUGGCCUGGUCGGAUGGACAGGGUGUUUCUGUGAUGGAUGUGUCCAGUCAAAGCCUGAUAUGUCGGUUGCCCAGAGCAAAAGUUACAGGGUUGACAAUCUCUCCAUGUGCAUCGUAUCUUUGCACAUGGUCUCUGUAUACUGUAAAUGCUGAUACUCCAGCUGGGACACCAAACUUGCACAUAUGGCAUCUCCCAUCUGGAGAUCCAGUGACCCAUUUCGUGCAAAAGAAAUUUGAUGGAUGGUCUCCUCAGUGGACCGACGACGAAUCAGUUUGUGGAAGGAACGUGAGUAAUGAAGUUCAUUUCUAUGGCAAAGGAAAACUUGGGGGUUCCCCUACUGAUCGAUUGAGACUUCAAAAUGUUGCUAAAUUUUCUAUUUCACCGGCUGGUUCUCCGUAUAGAAUUGCUGCAUACGUUCCGGGGUCCAAGGGUGCUCCGUCAUUUGUCCGACUAUAUCAAUAUCCAAACUUUGACAGUCCAAGUUCAGCACUCGCCAACAAGAGUUUCUUCAAAGCAGAUCAAGUGGAACUCUACUGGAACAGCACAGGCACAGGUCUACUAGUCUUAACUAUGGUUGAAAUUGACACCACUGGGUCUUCAUAUUAUGGUGAACAAGGUCUGCACUUUGUUGGUAUUGAUGGGGAGAGCAGUGUCGUGCCUCUUGCUAAGAAGGGCCCGAUUUACUCAAUUGAUUGGCAUCCGAAUGGAAAAGAAUUCUGUGUUGUUUAUGGAUAUAUUCCUGCUAAAGCAACUCUCUAUAACCUGAAAUCCGAACCGAUCUUCGACUUUGGAACGGGCCCCAGAAACACAGUCCAUUUCAAUUGUCAUGGAAACAUUCUUUCUCUUGCGGGCUUUGGCAACCUGAGAGGCCACAUGGAAUUUUGGCACAGAAAGGAACUGAAACUGAUAAGCAGAGCUCAAGCAAGUGAUGCGACGUUUUUUCAGUGGAGUCCGGAUGGUGAGCAUAUUCUGACUGCAACGACGGCACCUCGACUGAGAGAAGGAAACGGCUACAAGGUAUGGCACUACACAGGCAAAGUCGUUCAUCAGUGGGAUGUUGCCAAGCCGAAGGAUGAACUAUGGGAGGUAUUAUGGCGGCCUUCGUUGCCCGGUGAGUUUCCUGAAAAGCCGGUGGUUAUGCCGAGUCAUGAAGAGCAGCAACGACAGGCGGAAGCGACAAAACCGGCCGUGUAUCGUCCUCCGGGUGCUAGAGGGAAACCGCCUUCUACUAUCAAACUUCACGAAGAAGAGCCUCCACAAGGAGAAACAGUUAAGGAUGAAGAUAAACAGCAGUCCAAAUCGGCUCUGAAGAACAAAAAGCGUCGAGAAGCGAAAGCGAGAGAAAGGGAGAGUCAAGACGCAGAAGCCGCGGUUGCCAUGGCUACAGCAUCGGCAUCAUUGCUACCUGCAAAUCAAUCCGACGACCUCGAGACAGAUAAGAAGCUACGCAAUCUCAAGAAGAAGUUGAAGCAGAUUGAUCAACUGAAGCAACAGCAGAGAGAAGGGAAACAACUCGAGGCCAAUCAGAUCGAAAAAUUGAAGACCGAGGACGACCUCAUUCGACAGAUUCAUGAACUCAAAGUACAGUAGUAGAUCACAUCUCCACCGCCAGCCAAACAGACAGCAUAGCGUAACAUCACACAGUAGUACUAUAAAUCGAAAA